AUGUCUGAUCCGAGCUCUGAGCUCCAUGCCACACUUGGCAAGCUACCCAUCGGUGGAAAGGGUCCAGUACAGGAUAUCUCACGACCAUCAUUCUCCACAACAAGCUCGAUCACAUCAGCUCCUAAACCAACAAAGAAGGCUAAAGAACCCGUUGCUGAUUCCUGGGAAGACGAGGCCGAUCUCUCGGGAGAUGAGCCCAGUGCUGUGCCUGACCUAGCGUCGCCUUCCCUCCUUUCACCAACUUUGAGUAUGGAAGGCCCUCUGGAUCCCCCACCAACACCUAUCUCCCCACAGACCUCUCAGACUUGGGGAGGGGAUAGAGCCGCUUCUCCUGCAGGAUCUGGUUCAGCGCGCCGACCUGAGAAGCAGACGGCAGUCGCCAGUCGACUUAUUGCCGGUGCGCUGGGUAUUCGGGCGCCGAAGCGUACAGAGGAGGAGAGGGCUUAUGAUCGGGCGAUAAAGGAGCAGGAAAUUAAGAGGCGGAAUCGGGAGCGCGAGCAGGCUGCGAUGGCCAAGGAGGAGGAAGAGAAGUUAAAGAUGUCUGUCUGGACAGACUAG